CAAUCUUAGCUUCAGUUAUACUUUGAUAGCGAUACGAUCCAAGAUGUUUGGCUUAGGGGUGUUGCUGCUAGCGCUAGCUACUGUGCACUGUUUUCCAAACUUUACGUUCGAUAGUGACGCUGCUGCGGGCAACCUAGAACUGGACUUUACAUAUGAUGAAAAUGCCAUUGACGAUUACUACCCACUUGAUGGGUUCUUGUCAUUUGACAGAGCCAAUGAAUGGCUAACCAUUUUAAUUAACAAAUAUCCUAGUAAUAUCACGACCAAGCCGCUCGACAGAUCGCCCGAAGGACGAAGCAUCAGAGCCGUCUACAUCAAUAGGCAGCAAGAGAAGAAAAUCAUCGUAGUAGCGAACUUGCAUGCCCGUGAGUGGGCCGCUACGUCCUCGGCCAUCUACAUCAUCCAUGAGCUGAUUUAUCAUGCCAACAAGUACCCAGAAGCGUCCGAGUUUCAAUGGAUCGUAGUGCCGAUAGCGAAUCCGGACGGCUACGAGUAUACCACAACCACAGACCGCCUCUGGCGCAAAAACCGCAAUAGUCCUCUCGGCAUUGAUCUCAACCGCAACUUUGGCUACAAGUGGGAGGUGGAGGUAAGCCCCGACGAUAAAAAUCCCGAAGGAGACACGUACCGCGGACCGUCGGCGUUUUCCGAACAGGAAAGUAAAGCAAUAGGGAAUCUUCUGAAGGAACAUGCACAGACAACGAUACUGUACGUCGAUCUCCACACAUUCGGUGAGACUAUCCUGUAUCCAUGGAGCUUUACGGACGAGCCGGCACCGAAUGCGGUCUGGAGCAGAUCCGUUGCCGAGGAAGGGGCGCGUGGGAUCCUCUCGCGGUCGGGUAAAACCUAUCAGGUUGGUACCCCUGCCGAGCGCUCGUUCAAAGAAUCUGGAUCCAGUAUAGACUACUGCUUUAGUCUUAACAUUAAAGCAUGUAUUGCGAUCGAGCUGACAGCGGGAUCGUACGAACUUCAGAACAGCACCAUCCCACUGGCCGGUCAGGAAGCGCUAGCUGCAGUGCUCUCGAUGGCUGUUUAUGCAAACGCUGGGAAUUCGCCGCUCUAAAUCGAGCUCUUUCUAAUAUCGCUCGUGCUUAGUUUGUUAUUUAUAACCCAUUAUAAUAAAUAUUAUGAAAAUAUUACAUA